AGCUGUCAAAUAUUUGUAAAGCCUUCAGCUUGAUUAGAAUCGGCAAAAAUUGCAAUUGGAAACGUCGGUCUUUCUCCUCCUAAAUUUUCUCAUUAUCACCUGCAUUUUCACAUCACGCGUGAACGUCUCAAUUGUGCAGUGAUUGGUGCAGUCCCAGAAAAUGCAGUGCAAUAUCAGGAAUAUUGUUUCGUUUGCCACAAAGACAAACCUUGUGCUGAGACAUCAACGACCAGCGCUGGGAUUGCUGGGCAGGAGACACUACACGAGUGGUGAGGAGGUGGAUUUAGUGGUCAUUGGCUCCGGACCAGGUGGAUAUGUGGCUGCUAUCAAGGCAGCCCAGCUGGGCAUGAACACCGUGUGCAUCGAAAAAAGUGACACAUGUGGGGGCACUUGCCUCAAUGUUGGCUGUAUCCCGUCGAAAUCUCUCCUGAACAACUCCCAUUACUAUCACAUGGCCCACUCGGGAGAUUUGGCCAACAGAGGCAUCCUGGUGGACAAUGUGAGGGCGGACAUUGGCAAGAUAAUGGAUGCCAAGGCUAAGUCCGUCAAAGCUCUCACCGGUGGAAUUGCUCAGCUCUUCAAGAAGAACAAAGUUCACUUGAUUAAGGGCUACGGCACCAUAACUUCCCCCAAUGAAGUCACUGCCAAAACUGACAAUGGUCAGGAAGUGGUGAAGACAAAGAGAAUCAUGAUCGCCACGGGAUCAGAAGUCACUCCUUUCCCAGGAAUUGAAAUCGAUGAGAAAACCGUGGUUUCCAGCACAGGAGCUCUGAGUCUCGAACGUGUUCCCGAAAAGAUGAUUCUCAUUGGAGCCGGAGUUAUUGGCUUGGAGCUGGGCUCCGUUUGGUCUAGAUUGGGUGCUAAAGUGACCGCUGUGGAGUUUCUGGAGACAAUUGGGGGUGUGGGAAUUGACGGAGAGGUUUCUAAGACCUUCCAGAAGGUACUCACGAAGCAGGGUAUUGAAUUCAAACUGGGCCACAAGGUCACGGGAGCCACGAAUACUGGCAAUGGGGUCAAAGUGGCUAUUGAGGGUGUAAAGAGUGGCACAAAAGAAGAGCUGGACUGCGAUGUGCUGCUGGUGAGUGUAGGCCGGCGUCCCUACACCGAUGGCCUUGGACUGGAAAGUGUGGGAAUUGUACGGGAUGACAGAGGUAGGGUACCGGUCAAUGGACAGUUCCAGACUAUUGUGCCCAGCAUUUAUGCCAUUGGCGAUUGCAUUCAUGGUCCCAUGUUGGCCCACAAGGCCGAAGAUGAGGGGAUUGUGUGUGUGGAGGGGAUGCUCGGUGGUCCAGUGCACAUUGACUACAAUUGUGUACCAAGUGUCAUCUAUACGCAUCCGGAAGUUGCGUGGGUGGGCAAAACGGAGGAGGAUCUGAAGAAGGAGGGUGUUGAGUACAAGAUUGGCAAGUUCCCCUUCAUGGCCAAUUCACGCGCCAAGGUCAACGAUGACACAGAUGGAUUCAUCAAAGUACUGGCUGACAAGAGUACCGACAGGAUUCUGGGGACACAUAUGAUUGGGCCAGGAGUGGGAGAACUCAUCAAUGAGGCGACACUGGCCAUGGAAUAUGGAGCUGCUGCUGAAGAUGUUGCUCGUGUCUGUCAUGCUCAUCCGACAUGUUCGGAAGCUCUACGAGAGGCUAACUUAUCUGCUGCCUUUGGCAAACCCAUCAACUUUUAAAAGUCCCAAUGUAGAUGAAGUCGGAUUACCAAUCCCCGUGACUCUGAAGAAGAACGAGAGAUUUUUAUUGAGAUGAGAGUGAUCUGUAAAUAGCGAAUGGCGUUCUCGAUAAUAAGCGAUAUGAGAAACCUCAAGACGGCACUUUUACUUUUUGUUUCAUCAAUCAUCUAAUAACUCCACCAGCAACAUCCAAAUGUAAUAAAAUACCCACAAAAAGAGAGUAGCGAGAAAUGAAUGCCAUUAUUCCGAGUAAA